CGUCACGGCUCCGCCGCUAGCUCCACAUCAAAAUGGCCGCAUUUUAGUCUACCGAGCGCUUUUCUUUACUGUUUGCCAAUAGCCGCGCUGAGGGCCUGGCGGUGUCGGUCCCCGUCGGAGUGUGCCCGUUUCGCCGGAAAUUCGCCUGUGCCGCGCGACGCGCCCGAAAUUUCCGCGAAAUCGAGCGAACGUGACCGGGUUUGUCUGCGUAGAUUCUCGUAAGAUGUUACGCCACCAACAUCACACGAUGCAAAAUCAGCUCCGAGAUCACAACAGAAUGGCAGGACCAAUGCGGCCUAUGCAGCAGGCUAACAUGCCCCAGCUACAUCAGACGCAGCAUUUGCUGCCGCAUCGGAAUCCGCAUCAGCAGAUACUGUCCAUGCCCCCCCAUCAACAGCAUAUGCAUCACAUGCAGCAUCCUGGCCCGCCGCAUGGAAACCCGAGACAACCGAUGUUGAUGGGCAUGAGUACGCACAGUACAAACAUAAACCGUUUACUUGCAGAUACGAUGGUUAGCGUUAGCAUGAAGGACCAAGCAAGUACCGUUUCCGUGACUCUUCAGAAUGUGCAGCAGCCUCAGUAUCCACAUCAGCAGCAGCAGCAGCCGAAUAAUCAGCAGAAUCAGCCUUCCCAGCAGCAACAGCCGUCGCAGCAGCAGGUGCAGCAGCCGCAGUCGCAGCAGCAGCCGCAGCAUGUGUCGCCGCAACAGUCAAACGUGGAGCAAUCGAAGGUGAUAACGAACGACGCCAAUGGAGAGUCCAGGGACGAUAGUGUGUCCGGUCAGAAUCAUGCUAACGCGACUAAUCCAGCUUUGGCAAACAUGAAAGAAAAGACACCCAUGUGCUUGUUGAACGAGUUGGCGAGAUUCAAUAGGAUUCAACAUCAAUACAGACUGACAAACGAGCAGGGACCGGCGCACAAAAAGAGAUUCACGGUGACGCUAAAACUGGGCGAGGAGGAGUAUGUCGCUGAGGGUCCUAGUAUAAAGAAAGCUCAGCAUAGCGCGGCGACUGAAGCGCUAACGAAGACUUGGUACCGUCAACCUCCGCCUAAACCCACCAAGGCCAUGAGGAUCGGCCAUCUCGGCAAAUGUCCGACGGGCUCUGGACAUUUGCCGCCCACUGUCGAACUGAAUGCGUUAGCGAUGAAACGGGGUGAGCCAACUGUUUAUACGUUCCGACAAGCUCCGCCAGCGGCGUUGCAACAUCAAUUUAUGCCGCACGGAUUCGGUAACUUCCCACGAAUGUAUAGUCCUCGACUCACGUACAAUCGCGGAACUCACACGGAUCUUCAGGGAUUGUAUCUCGUCACUCUGAAGGUUGGCGAACGCGAAUUUACGGGUAGAGGCUUGACAGGCCAAGCGGCACGUCAUGACGCAGCUAGCAGAGCUUUGGAACAGUUACGACAGUUGCCACUACCAGAAGAGAUCACGAACACGAAUACCGCCAGCGAGAACGGUUCGCUGGGUGGCAUCGACGAUCCGAACGCCGAGUUGAAAAGUCCUGUGUCUCUUGUCCACGAGACCGCGCUAAAGCGUGGACUGCCAGUCAGUUUUGAAGUCGUAUCCGAAAGCGGUAAACCUCAUAUAAGGACCUUUAUGACAAAAUGUACUGUCGGCGAGAAGGUUACUGUGGGAGAGGGCUCAUCGAAAAAAGUGUCGAAGAAACGCGCCGCCGAGUUGAUGUUAGACGAACUGAAGCGUCUUCCUCCGUUACCGGCCACCAUACAGAACCGAACGAUGCGAGUGAAACGUAAGCCGCCGGCGACGAAGAAGAAAUCUCGUAAUUUAAUCAAAGUUUAUCAAGAGCCCCGUGCGGAGAAUGAAGCCUCGGAGGAAGUGAACCCGGUCUCCCGGCUCGUUCAGAUUCAACAGGCGAAACGCGAGAGGGAACCGGUUUACAAUCUGAUAGACGAGAAGGGCGCGCCGAGACGUAGAGAGUUUGUCAUGGAAGUAAUAAUGGGCCAGCACUCCGCCCAGGGAAUCGGACCUAACAAGAAAUUGGCUAAGAGAGCCGCGGCUGAGGCUCUCUUGGCGCAAUUAGGAUACAGUAAACCGUCGCCGCAGCCCGCGAAACCAUCCAUAAAGACGGGAGAGAACGAGAACACGGAGUCGAAGCCUAGAAAAGUCACAUUUCUCGAGGACGAACAAAUGAACGACAUUCAACCUCACUCGGUAGGAGGUACCAUAGGCCGCCAAUUAGUACCUGGUCUUUUAUUGGUGGACGGAGGUCAAGAAUCUAAACUGGGGAAUGGACCCAGCGUACAAAUAGUCGCUGAAGAGUUGCGCGAACAGCAGCAGCAGAAUACGGCUGGUGUUUCGCCCAAGGAUCAAUUGCAUUAUUUAUCUCAGUUAUUUAAUUUCAGCGUAGAAUUUAACGAUUUUCCCAAGGGAGUGUCUAUAAACAAGGAAUAUUUAUCACUUGUGUCGCUAAGCACUGAUCCACCGCAAGUUUGUCACGGUAAUGGAGCGACAAUAACCGCGAGUCGCAAUCAAGCGGCUCUAAGGGCGCUUCGUACUCUUAGUAAAUUGGGACUUGAUAAUGCCUCAAAUGCAGCACAAGUGAAGAAGGAUAAAGGCGCGUCCGGUGAUGGAAUACACAUUAGCAUUCAAGUUAAAAAUAACAUUAUGGAUGGAGCUAUCGAUAAGUAAUUGAGUAGCACUUAAGGUCAUAUAAUGUUGAGUUGUAUUUAUGCUUCUUUAGGAUACUGCAAAAGAGAAUUAAGUUAAUUCCGUUAGUAAAUUUCUUUGCAAAAUCUUGCUUAUUCAUUGCCAAUUUCAUGUUAGAGAAAUGCUACUCCUCGACAGAGACUUCUUUCUUCAAUCGCGCCAAGAAGGUCUCAGCCGUGGUUAUGGGAGCCAAUUUUUUUGCUAAAUCCGAUUCCUUUAUUCGAGGAAUCAGAUCUAAUAAAAUUGCUCUCUCUCCUUUUCUCUCAUAUGAAAUUUUUUUCUAUAUAGUAUAAUCUAUCUGUAUAGAAAAAAAGCUGUUUUAUGUUAACAAUAAUUUGGUUAUAUUUGUAAAAAUGUAUUUGUAUCGGUUUGAGAAAUAUUUGUUACAAAUUGAUGUAAAACAUGCAUGAUGAGAUACUUUUAUUUCACACGUUUGUUAUUGCAUCGCUUGCUAUUUGCAUUACUAAAAAUAUGGUAAAGAUCGAAGGGAUGUAAAAUCUGAAAUCAAUUUAUAUACAAUUAUUUAAAUUAGUUAUUAGUAUGUGUUGUAUGAAAUCUUCCUAAUCUUCUGCAGUGUCCUAAUUACAUUGAAAUGCCGUUCAAGCACCAAUAAGCAAUAUGUAUUUAGUAACUGUGUAAGAAUUCUUUCGUUUAACAACUAGGAACAUCUGAUCAGUCACAGUAGGCAGUGUUUCUGUGAUUAUCGGAAACCUAUUGUUAUGAAUAGCGUAUCGUUGAAUGAUUCGUGUAUUACAACUCUUGCAAAUCUAACAAUGCUACGGAAUCGUAAGGAACAUUAUUGGUGCUUGAUCGUGAUUGCGAUCCUAGCAGUGACAAAAUAUAACUGCUAUAUUUAUUGUAACGUUUUCAUUGACAGGAUCACAAUAGCAAUAUACUUAUCUACAAAUGAUUAAAAAAAUGGUCAUUCUCCAGUUAGGAUCAGUCUAUAAUAUAUAAUGAACACUAUAGGGAAAACGUUAAGUAAAGUCGACACGACCUGGAGAUGAAAUGCGACCAUCUCUUAAUUUCUCAAUUGAAUUCCUUAGCUUCCACAGUAUCGUGAAUAAAAAGCUAUCUUGUUAUCUAAUAAUAUGUUAAUAAUCAUAGAGGUGUUUUUCUUUUUUUUUUAAUUCUCGGCUAUUUGGAAUGGAUUUGGAAUUGAUCACUUUAUAUUUUUUGUGUGUAUAUUAUUUCUUCGCAUUAUUUGAAGAAGUUAAAGCAGAUUAAAACUCUUAUCUCUAUUCGCGUAUGUUGCAUGUGAAAAUUAUACAUAAAAUCACGUAUUUUUCCAGAGUAAGCCUCUGGCUACGUGCGCUAGAGAUACGUGUUGAUUCAAACGAUUGCGUGAAAGAUUAAGUAGCUUUAAAUUGAUGAAACAUAGGUAAUGCGACAUACAUUGUCCCUAUGCCCCAAUUUGCUUUUCUACGGGGGCCAGAAGCAAUCUGGGGUCACGUAUUCAUGUAUCGUAAAAUAUUGAGAAGCGAAGGGAAGAUAGAAAUUUCUAUACAUCUGUCAUUCGAGUAAAACGAUAAUGAUACGCUGUAUAGGAAAUUUCGGUGAAUAUAUAAAACAGAACGAAAAGAGAGUAGAAAGUAAAAAAAUUUUCCCGUUGCGUCAAAACCAUUACAAAAUUAUUUUAAUCUCGAUGUAGAAACAUCUCUAUAAAGAAACGGCGAAUUUUGUCUGGUUGAGAAGCGAGGGGAAUAGAAAUUUCCAUACACCUAUCGUUCGCGGGCAGACAGUAAUGAUAUGUUGCAUCGGAAAUUUCGGUGAAUCUAAAUAAGAGAGAAAAAAAGAGAAGAAGAGGCAAUAAUUCAAAAUUUGUCCCGUGGCGUCAAGGUUAUGACGAAAUUGUUUUAAUUUUGCUUGAGAAAUAAUCCUGAAGCAACGGUGAAUUUUGCAUUACUGUCGGGGGGGAGGGGGGGGAAGAAACGAGUGGACGAAUACUAGAGUGGAGGAGACCUAAUAAUGAAUGAGAAGAUAAACAUUGAGAAACGGUACAAACUUUGAAUAUUCACGUAACUUUUACUUCUUGAACUUAAGUUCUGUUGCGCUUCACGCCAACUAUAACGGACGUUGCCUUUUAUUACACACGGUGUAACGACACAGAGCUUUGUACCGGCGUUCUCAACCCAGCGACUCGCUGUCUUCGAUUCAUUACUCUCGUAUUACAUUGCGAUUUACUGAACAACAAAUACACAAGCGGUUUACAAAAAUUGCAGCUGUACGAACGAUUAGUAAACUGUAUUAUUGUUCACUAAAAUCGUGUGCAUUUUAUUCAUAAUGCCCGAUACUCGGUACAUUGAAAGAAAUUUGUAACAAAUGUUCGCGAUGACGGAUUCAUCGAGGUUUGUUUGAAACAUUUGCUGAAAAAAAAAAUUAUUUAUUGACUCUUUGAGACUCUAGUUGGGUUUUGUUUUGCCUGAUACCGAUCGCUUUCAUAAGUGGGCCUUUCUUGUUCAUGUGGCAUUCAGUAUUAUGAGACACGGUGGUAGAUUCCAUUAUAUACAUAUUAGUUUUUCAAGAGCCGAACAGGACGAAGAUGCGGGCUAAACAAUUUAAUGUCGCGCACGCUGCGGAGGGAAGAGGAAAGGGGAUACGAUUUCAUGCUAUGAACUGUAAUACCGUAUAGUUAAUAUUAACGAAUAGAUAAGCGAAUAUAAUGUAUCAAUUUACCGAGAUACCGGAAACCGGGAGUUCUUCGACACUUCGAUAGGAAAGAGCUCGCGUUGAAAGCUCGAGCUUGAUCCGCAAAGUGUUGAGGAAACAUGAGGAGGCUGAUACGUCGACAUUGUCGGGAAGAGGAAGAGAUUGCGAAACACUAGUUUCAUGCGUAAUCCACAUUUCGUUCUGUCAGUUUGUUUUAAUGCCGUCACGUAUUUAUACAAACAACGCCACGAACCGCUUGCUUACUUUCGUUUAGUAUUAGAAUAAUCGCUGCCGUUUUCGCUACGUUGCGACUACAUUGCUAUGUAAAGCUUUUGUAACAUAAUACCGAUUUCUCGCGAGUUCUUCAGUUAAUCGGCGGGACGAGAGAAAGUACCGUAUACGAUUAUACCGUAAUGUAGCCCGAUUAUGUUAGAUUUACAUUUUAAGCGCAGCAAUUUGUUCGUAUAUUGUAACGUCUACGCCGUGUAAAACGCAGUCACGUAUAAAUGCGAGUCCUCGGCAGCCCUCCAUCGAGCGAACCAUUGCCUCUCGAGUGGACCUAAUCGAUCGAUGAGAAUCGUUCGUAUUCGAUGGAUCUUUAAUUGCAUUUUUUGCAAGUGAAUUGUACGACGUAUAGGAAUCUACUGCUUUCCUCGAGCCGCAUCAGUUUGUAUUUGAUGAAGAACGAUUGUAGAAAGGUUUCACGUACAUGUAUAUGGCCUUUUUACUGUGCGUUUCAAAUAUACGCAUGACAAGGUGGCACACGAA